CAGUUUGCUUUUCUUUUUUCUCAUCUUUUUUUUUUUUUUUGGAGUGCGUAAAAGCGCACGGCGGCGGCUCCACAUGGCGCUGGUGUGCAGGCAGCUCACCGGGUGCGCGGCGAGCUGCGCGGGCUGGGUCGGCGUCAUCGUCGCCACGGUCACCAACGACUGGGUGCGCACCUGCGACUACACGGUGACCACAUGCGUGCGGAUGGACGAGCUGGGCUCGCGCGGUCUGUGGGCAGAGUGCGUCAUCUCCCCGUCACUGUCGCACUGUGUGGCGCUAAACCAGAUCCUCAGUCUGCCCGCGUACGUGCAGACGGCUCGCGCUCUGAUGAUCUGCGCGUGUCUCCUCGGUCUUCCCGCCAUGAUGCUCGUCAUCAUGUCUAUGUCCUGCAUCAGACUGCAGAACGACCCCUCAGCCAAUAAAGUGAGGCGGGCGCGAGUGGGCGGAGCCCUUUUCAUCCUGAUGGCCGUGUGCGCCAUCGUCUCCACCGUCUGGUUCCCCAUCGGUUCUUACCAGAACGAGGGUCUCAUGUCCUUCGGAUUCUCGCUCUACGCUGGCUGGAUCGGUGCCAGUCUCUGUCUCGUGGGCGGCUUCAUGAUCCUGUGUUGCCACGGCAACGACAUCCGGCCCCCGAGCAGAGAAAACAGCUUCUACUACUCCAGACAGCGCGGGGCGGCCGCGCCCAUCGACCCACCCGCCAACCACGCCAAGAGCGCCAUGGUGUGAGACGCGUCCACAUGUGUUUAGAAAAGAGAUUUGCGACAUUCAGUGAUAAUUUAAUUAAUUGACUUAUGGCUAAGUCUCAAACAGAUUAUUUCAGAAAACUUUCACUAAUGUUUUCAAAAAUUGUAAGAACGUAAAUUAGUACUAAAUGUUGUUGUUAAGAAUUCUUUGACUUGUCUUUGUAAAAGUUCUCGGUUUCUUCCGGUGAAUAAACCAACAUGCUAACAUUUAAACGGCAAGCACGCCGCUGAAAACUUCUCAAAUCGUAAAUCUCAAAUCACGGUUGCUAGACUUUCGUACAAAAUAAGGACGACAUUGAUUAUGACCUGUGUUUGCUCCGUCCACUCAUGAACUGCUCGUCUCGACUGGCUCUGACAAAUUUUUCGCGUUAAAAAAAACCAAAACAUUAAAAACCAAAAUUGUUUCAUCAUCAGAUGAACAUGAAGUUUGCAGUUUGCAAUCUUGUGUUCAGAAUGAUGAGAAAACGCGUAGUUUUGCUGUAAAUACAGAAUCAGGAAGAAACGCUAAACUGCAACAUUUUGUUUUGUCUUCAGUUUUAAAUUUUUUAAUGUAUGCAUUUUAUGUAUCUUUGAUGUUAAAGGUCCAGCGUGUACGAAUUAGUGACCCCACUGUCGUUGUGGCCUUCACAGACCAGAAAGGGUAAGGGUUUGCAAACGGUCGUUAAAAGUAGUUUCUAUAGUGGCACAAAAUGGCCGCCCCUGUAACGCAAGGCCCUCAUCUUAAGUACACGUUAAAGUCAAAAUCUAAUGCUAAGAAAACCAUACGACUUUUAUUCUAACGCAAAUAUACAUGUACACAAACAUACUCAUGGCAAGUAUUUUAAUUUCCUGCCAAUAAACAAAUGUUACAGACUGGACCUUUAAUCACUUACCUGCUCACAUUUUAUCAAAAUGUUUUUCUUUGUUCUUUUUAAACGUAUAUUAUCCACGAUGUAAUCAAACUGUAUUAACUGUGUCGUUGUGUUUUUAAGAUUGUUUUUU